GCACAGUGCUGGGGGCGGCCACGGGCUGUGUGGGGAGCCCCAGGGGCCGGCUAGAGACACCUGGGGGUGCCCCCGCAGACACACGGCCAGCUAGGCCCUCGUGGCUGGGCAGAUGGGGCCCUGGGCCCAUGCCAGGCACUGAUCAGCACUGGUCCACGGCCCCCGGUGCCCCUGGCAGGGCCCCAGUGAGAGGCAGCCAGGAGGGACCUCGCCCCAGGAGCAGCAAAUCCCCAGCCAGCCCCAUCAAUCAUUAACAGCCCUGGGCUAAGGCAGCCGUGGGGCAGCAGCUCGGAGUGGGGCAGCAGCUCGGAGCGUGCCCCCAGGCCCUGCGAUGGCACAGUCCCGCCGGCUCCUCGCCCCACUCAGGCUGGGGCUGGCAGCAUUACGCUGGCGCCCCCACGGGUGGGGCAGGGGGCUCAGCACCCCAGCCACGCCGGGGACCCGGCUCGACCUGCGGGGCAUCUUCUCCCCGCUCACCACCCCCUUCACAGCCCAGGGCGAGGUGGAGCACAGCCAGCUGGAGGAGAACCUGCACCGCUACGCCACGGUCCCCUUCCGAGGCUUUGUGGUGCAGGGCUCCAGCGGGGAGUGCCCCUACCUGACGCCCCAGGAGCGGCUGGCCGUGGUGAGCCGCGUGCGCCAAGCCGUGCCCAAGGACAAGCUUCUGCUGGCCGGGUCGGGCUGCGAAUCCACGCAGGGCACCGUUGCGAUGACCGUGGGCAUGGCCGAGGCGGGCGCUGACGCCGCCCUGGUGGUCACACCCUGCUACUACCGGGGCGCAAUGACCAGCGCGGCCCUGAUCCACCACUACAGCCAGGUGGCAGACGCGUCGCCGAUCCCCGUGGUGCUGUACAGCGUCCCAUCCAACACCGGCCUGGAGCUGCCCCUGGAGGCCGUGCUCACCCUGUCACAACAUCCCAACGUUGUGGGCCUCAAGGACAGCGGGGGGGAUAUUACCCGGCUGGGGCUGAUUGUCCACAAGACCCGGACGGAGGAGUUCCAGGUGCUGGUGGGGUCGGCUGGCUUCCUGCUGGCUGGCUACGCCAUAGGUGCCUGCGGGGGUGUGUGUGUCCUCGCCAACGUGCUGGGAGCCCCGCUCUGCCAGCUGGAGCACCUGUGCCAGGAGGGACGCUGGCAGGAGGCCCGGGCCUUGCAGCUCCGGCUCAUUGAGCCCAACGCAGCGGUCACCCGCAAGUUUGGGAUCCCGGCGCUCAAGCAGGCCAUGGAGUGGUUCGGGUACCACGGCGGGCCCUGCCGCGCCCCCCUGCGCCCGCUGAGCGAGGCCCAGCUGGAGGAGCUGCACAGAGACUUUAGCAUCAAUGGCUGGCUGUGAGGGGGGGAGGGGAAUGGGGGUCCUCACUCCUCCCCCCUCACUGGCACCUUCCCUCUCUCUGCUUCCCCAGGAGUCCCCAAGCCCCCCAUGGCACCCAGCCUCCUCCCCAGGGCAGAAGUGCAGCCCCCGCCCAGCCCCAAACCUCGCUGCCUGACACCUAGAGCUGGCCGAGGGGGCGCAGUCCUUCCCCCCACAAGCCCCCUGCCAUGGGGCAGAGCCGACCCCCAGGCCUCAGCGACAUGGUGGAUACCCAGGUCCCUCAAGCCCCCCACCCGGAGAGGCCUGGCUGGGCUUCCUGCCAGCUCGGCCCCCUCCCACGCCCCAGGCUGCUCUGCUCUCAGGGCCACAUUCACCCCUGGCCACCAGGGCGUCUGGCUCAGCCCCUGCUCUGGGACAG